AUGAGGCAUAUUUCAAAUGUUUUUGCCGGAUUUGGCCUCGUCGCUUCUCAAUCAAAUGAUUGCCCAAAUCAAGACGCUUACGAUGCUUGCCAAGCUCACAACAGCGGAGUUUUCGAAGAUUGCAUCGCAUCAUGCGAAGACAGCCGAUGCCAGGCAAUUUGUCUAGAGAACAAUCAACUUGCAAUGGACGACUGUCCAUGCUCAACCAAUUGCCCGAACGGAUGUGAUGGCUGUCAGAGCACUUUCUGCGGUGCUUGCGACAAUCCACAAGCUAAUGACGUCAACUAUCAAGUCUGCGUUGACAAGAACUCCGGUUUCCUGGAUUUUUGCUUGAAGCAGUGUUCUAAUGAUCCGACUUGUCACAGAACUUGCUACGAUGAGUAUGAGUCCAAUCUUGAGGACUGCCCUUGCAUGAAAAACUGCCCUAAUGGAUGUCCUUGCGAAGACUCAACAAAGGCAAGCGAUCUGGAGCUUGAUCGAGUCAACUAUUUGAUUGGAAGCGAAGGUGAUUUCCUUGAACAACGAUAUUACUCGACUCCGGAGCCUCGAGUUGGUUCAAACGGAUAUCUUUACAAAGCUGGUCAUGCCAUGCUCAAGGGUCAGCUCUACCUUUUCGGCGGCGACUACGACUUUCGACGGGUGAGCAUUCUGGCUGGAUGCGAAUUUGUCGAUUUCGAUUACAAGCUGCUCACCAAUUUUGACGCGUACUUCGGCUCUGUUGCUGUCCAAAAUGAUUCAGAAGUCUAUCUUUGCUUCCGAAACAAUCCGUCCAAGACUUGCGAGGUGUUCAACGGCUCUAGCUCUCGAAUUGAAGCAAGAGAGACGAAUGUUGGUCACUAUCGAGGUGCACUUGGAAUGUAUGAAAAUCAACCUAUUGCUGUCGGCGCUUGGUCCGCGACAGAAGGGAUGAAAGUUGAAAUUCUCGGCGAAGCCGCUUGGGAGCUCGUGCAGGACCAUCCAGAAACACACUACAGUGCUGGAGUGGUGACAGUACCAGAAGGAAUUCUCUCCGUGGGUGGAUACAGUUACGAAACCAACGCUGCGAUGAGGGACGUCUAUCUCUUCAGCAAUCUUGAAUGGUCACGUGUUGGAGAACUCAAUUUUGCAACUCGGUACAACACAGUUUACGCUCUUGGCAAUAAGAUUUUCUCAAUCGCCGGAAAUCAGAGUCCUUACCAGUCGGAAAAGUUCACUUGGGAUGAAGGCUCCAUUUCGGACCAAGAAAUGGUAAUGGGCCAUGGUCGGCAGUUCACAAGACCAGUGGUUUGGGAAUCAGAGCCUGGCCAGUGUGAAGAUUCCUGCGAAAAUUUCUGUUUUGCUCCUUGA